GUGAUCAAAUCUGUGGAGGAGGGCUACAGGCUGCCCGCUCCCAUGGGCUGCCCGGGUCCUAUGCACACGCUCAUGCUGGACUGCUGGCAGAAGGAACGCAGCGAGAGGCCGCGUUUCUGCCAGAUAGUCACCGUUCUCGACAAGCUAAUCCGAAACCCAGAGAACCUGAAGACUAUGGACACGCUCUGCAGUUUAAGCAGUCCUACGCUGAUGGAGAGAGCCAUCCCAGACUUCAGUAGCUGUAACUCAGUGAACGAGUGGCUGGACACCAUAAAGAUGAGCCGCUACAAGGACCACUUUGCAGCAGGGGGGUACCAAACUCUGGGACACGUCAUAAGCAUUAACCAAGGGGACAUCCAGAGGCUCGGGGUGACGCUGAUGGGUCACCAGAAGAAGAUCAUGACCAGCGUGCAGGUGAUGAGGGCGCAGGUCCUCAACAAGAGCGUGCCAUCUGUGCACGUAUAACUCCAACACUGAGGUUUCUCUGCUGAAAUCUAGAAAGCCAGACUCCUACAAGGACUAGAGGGGCUCCGUGGAAUUUUAGGAUGAGCUGUUAAUGAGAGAAGAGGAUACGUGGGAACUUUACAAGACUUUUUCCUUGAGGGGUUGAAGAGCGAAAACAUUUCAACUAUGGAGCAAGUAAACAUAGGGGACAAGUCCGACUUCAUUUUCUUUUUCCUGUCCAGAUUGCAUUUUCUGAUUUUAAAAUGUCUUGUUUAUAAAUGGAAAGACUGCCUUAAUAACCACACAUUAUUUUAAUGUUAUUGUCAACAAAGAGAAGAUAAUUUAUCAAUCAUGAAUUUUAUUAGAGAGAUAUGAUUUACUGAACCGGGCAAUAGCAAAAGUACAUGGAGUAAUGUCGUAGAGGUGGGGAUGGCGGGUGUUUUGUGACUCGCUGAUCACCUGCAGUCUUGAGUCAGUAAAAGUGGAGAAAGUGAGAUUGGGCUCACCCGAGUCGCCAGAUCUUCUUCACAGCGGAGAGGACCUAUUUCACCCCAGGCUAUUAAUACCAACAACAGGCACAUUUCUCCACCGUCUAACCUUGAUGAAUGACCCCAGGAGAGCCCUCCACCCAGGGUGAAGCUGCGUGGCGCACAAUUACUGUACUUGGAAGAUGUGUAUGAUUCAGUUUCAGUGCACUUUAUUCUACAAUGUCUCUGUGUUGAAGAGCCUUCGCAGUUGUGUCUCAGCCACAACUGCAGCAAUGAUGUUGGUCUGUUGAAGAAAUAGCAGUUUGAAAAUAUUACAUAAAUUAUGAUUAACUACAAAGUAUGAAAACAAAGAGGAAAUAUAGAUAUUUAACAUUUAUUAGGGUAGUAAGUAGAUCGCUUAUGAGAUUUAUUUCCAAACUUUUGUCACUGUGACAGUUGUCGGAAGAGAACAUUUAUUUAAUUUACAUACAAAAUACUAUUGUCAAUUUUUUUUAAAACGUAUCCAACGCAUUUUCAAUAUAUUGGAGUUUUCUUGUUAAAUAUUUUAUUUAAAAUGUAAUCCAAAUAGAGAGGUGUAUUGAUGACGUUUUAGGACAACCCCGAAGUUAGCAUCACAAGUGCUUUCUCAACAAGAAGCAAUGAGAUGUUCCUAAUGGAUUUCGGUGUGUUACGAGUAAUCAUGCUAAACUAAAGACAGAUUUGUGUACCUUGGUAGUUUGAUAAAUUAAUCUCAACUAAAGAUUCACUUACUUAGAGUAAACUGUAGGACUUCUUUCCGUAAUGUUACCAAAGAUCUAUGAAAACGAAGAAAAGUUGAGUUUGUUGGUAAAAAAUAGGAGAAAAUCCCAAACAAGUGAACCUUCAGUUUAGAUUAUUUGGUCAAACUAUUUUAGUCAGUCUAGGUGAAAUGCAUCUGAAACGGAGAACAAUAAAUUACUUUCAAAUAUAGUAUAAAAUAUAUUACAAUUUUUACUUCUCAAGACAUGUGAGGCUAUUUGAGCUUCCUUGAUUCCUAUCACAUACAGAAAUACAUUUUAAAGAAUUUUAACGGCAUUUUUUUAAAUGCUUUCGGAGAAUUCCAUAAACUGAAAAUGUAUUAAAUUGAUAAUGAUGAUAGACUAAUUCAUAAGAAUAACAUUUUGCCUAGCUUGUAAGCCAAGAAGCUAAAAGCAAGCUGGUGUUAAUGCUAAGCUAACGGUUUUUACUAACGGAUAAAGAGAUACAAUUUUAUGCGGUCGAUCUUCAUUUUUUAAAUGGAUUUGGAGCAUCCCACAUAUUGAAAAUGUUUUCUAAUGAUGAUGGCCCAGUUAACAGGAUUAAUUUACUAGCUAGCCAAGAAGCUAACAGCAAGCUGGUGUUAAUGCUAACUGUUUUUACUAUUAGAUACGAAAGUACGUUUUUAUGCGGUUUAAUAAAGAAAUGUAAGUGCAUCCAAUAUAUUGAAAAUGUUUUAAAAUGAUGACGAUGGCCCAAUUAACAACAUUAACUUUUUGCCUUGCUAGUUAGCCAAUAUGCUAACAGCAAGCUGGUCGUAAUGCUAACGAACAACAAGAUGCUAACAGCAAGCUGGACGUAAUGCUAACGAACAACAAGUUGCUAACUCUAGGUUUGUAUUAUGUUGUGUGUAAGAAGGAGUGUGCUAAUUAGCAAAGCACAAUAUAUGAUUUGCAAAAUAUAACACAAAGCACCCAAUACAGAUUAAGACUAGACUAAUAAAUAAUAUUAACAUGGAUACAAGUUUCUGAAGACUGCCAAACUCUGCAAAUUGUGAACAGCGUUUAUAUAUUUCAUAACAACAAUCCCUUACAUGUUAAUAAAUUACAUUACUUAACUAUUAACACAAUAUACUGUACACUUGUUUGGCUUUCAACCAAAAUUACACAAUUAUAUAUUAGACCGGAUUGUCCACAUAGCCAAGAUUACGUUUCAACAUCUGCAGAGACAUAAUUUGUUUUAAUUCUCGUGGCAUUUAUGAACAAAAUGUUACAGAGACUUAAUUUGGUGGAUGUUUAUCGAAUCAGCACUUAUACUAUUCGGUUUCCCUGGAGUACAAAUCUGUGUGAAUACUGGGAAUGUAGUACAAAUAAGCUACACGGACUGUAAA